CGGGGGGGGUGAUGUCAUAGCGCCAGGGCUGACUGAGGCUGUGGAUUGUGGGAGAAUUCGGACAACAGCCAUUUUCGGGUAGCGACUGUCAUCCUUGGAAUUACACUUCUCAAACUGUGAGAGAACGUACCAGUCUCUCACUAUCUUUAAAACUAAUUCUGAGGAUGGAUAGAACGAUGCCGACUCACGGCAAAUAGUGUUCCUGUAUUUAAGAGCGCUGUUCCGGUUCAAGUUACGGAAGACGAGAACAUUGACUAGGCUAAUUCGUGGCAGGCUCGAAUUCAUUAGCCAGCCAGCCAUGCUAGCAUAAUUGGUUACAAUGUAUUGCUUGGAAUUUGCUCGCUUUUAGACGGCAGCGACGUUAUACAACGGGAAAGCCAGUGGUGUGUCGUGGGUUUAUUUUUAUAGUGCAGCAGACCGAGUAACGUGUCAUCAGGAUUUAACCGGCGGGCGGACUGGGGAGAGAGAAGCCUUGCGGUUCAGGAGCGUCGCCCACUCUUACAAAAAGGGAUUGAAGUGGAGCAUCACAACACUCCGUGGUGCUUUGUUUGAGCUCGAGGUUACCGGGGGCAGCGCACUUGUCUUGGGGGAAAUAGAACCGUUUCGAUUAAGGUAACGUGUGGAUUGAGAGUCAUUACGAGUGUGUGUGAACUCAGGUUAUGUCCACCAUGGUGUACCCACGCAGCGAGGAGGCCCUGGAGCGCCUGACCCAGGAUGAGAUCGUGCUCAACACAAAGACUGUGAUGCAGGGCCUGGAGACACUCAGAGGGGAGCAUGCCCAGCUCCUCACGUCCCUGCUGGACUGCACCCAGCCACCUGCUGCCCAGGAGAAGUCAGGCCUGCUGCGGAAGAGCCUGGAGGCCAUAGAAUUAGGCCUGGGAGAGGCACAGGUGAUCAUUGCCCUGUCGGGUCACCUGAGUGCUGUGGAGUCAGAGAAACAGAAGCUAAGAGCCCAGGUCAGACGACUGUGUCAGGAGAACCAGUGGUUAAGAGAUGAGCUAGCAGGAACACAGCACAAGCUGCAGCAUAGUGAGCAGAGUGUUGCCCAGCUGGAGGAAGAGAAGAAGCACCUGGAGUUCAUGAACAAGAUCAAGAAGUUUGACGACGACGUGUCACAGUCUGAGGAGAAGGCUGCAGGGGAGACGUCUAAAGACAGCCUGGACGACCUGUUCCCCAACGAUGACGACCAGGGACAGGCCCAGCCCAGCGGAGAGGUGGCGGCCCAGCAGGGUGGCUAUGAGAUCCCGGCCCGCCUGAGGACUCUCCACAACCUGGUGAUCCAGUACGCCUCCCAGGGGAGGUACGAGGUGGCCGUGCCCCUCUGCAAACAGGCCCUGGAGGACCUAGAGAAGACCUCCGGACACGACCACCCUGACGUGGCCACCAUGCUCAACAUCCUGGCCCUGGUCUACAGGGACCAGAACAAGUACAAAGAGGCAGCCCACCUGCUGAACGAUGCCCUGGCCAUCAGAGAGAAGACCCUGGGGAAGGACCACCCUGCGGUAGCCGCCACUCUCAACAACCUGGCUGUGCUCUACGGGAAGAGGGGCAAGUACAAGGAGGCUGAGCCCCUCUGUAAGAGAGCCCUGGAGAUUAGAGAGAAGGUCUUGGGGAAGUACCACCCUGACGUGGCCAAGCAGCUGAACAACCUGGCCCUGCUGUGUCAGAACCAGGGAAAGUACGAGGAGGUGGAGUAUUACUACAGACAAGCCCUGGAGAUCUACCAGUCCAAACUGGGGGCUGACGACCCCAACGUAGCCAAGACCAAAAACAACCUGGCUACAUGCUACCUCAAACAGGGGAAGUUCAAGGAUGCUGAGUCCCUGUACAAAGAGAUCCUAACCAGAGCACAUGAGAAGGAGUUUGGAUCAGUCAACAAUGACAACAAGCCGAUCUGGAUGCAUGCGGAGGAGAGAGAGGAGAGCAAGGGGAAGAGGAAGGAAGCUAGUCCCUGUGUAGAGUAUGGGAGCUGGUACAAGGCCUGCAAAGUUGACAGUCCUACUGUCAAUACCACCCUGAAGAGCCUGGGGGCGCUGUACCGCAGACAGGGUAAAUUACAGGCAGCUGAGACACUGGAGGAGUGUUCUACCAAGACACGCAAGCAGGGUAUAGAUGCCAUUAACCAGAGUAAGGUGGUGGAGCUCCUGAAGGAUGGAGCCCCAGGAGGGGGUGAGCGACGGCAGAGCCGGGAGGGUCUCAACGGGCCCCAGCGGGGGGACUGUGAGGGGGACGACGGAGCAGAGUGGAACGGGGAAGGUAACGGUUCAUUGCGUCGAAGCGGCUCCUUUGGGAAGAUCCGUGAAGCGCUGCGUAGGAGCAGUGAGAUGCUGGUGAAGAAACUACAGGGCAGUGGCCCCCAGGAGCCCCGCAACCCAGGGAUGAAGAGAGCCAGCUCCCUCAACUUCCUCAACAAGAGUGCAGAAGACCCCUCACAGGACGCCAACUCCGGCCUAUCAGAAUGCAGAGGACUGAGUGCCAGCAAUGUGGACUUGUCAAGACGCAGCUCCCUGAUUGGUUAAACAGAGACAGGAGGCGGGACCAGGAGGAGGAAGGUCCGAUGAUGGGACCAGGAGGAGGAAAGCCCUAAGCGAUCAAAACACUUCCGAUCCAACACUCAUAUUCAAGACAUAUUUUCUAAAGAAACAAAAAAACCUGACUUGACGCUUUUAGUGACUCAGACGUCUCUGUGUCUGCUUUACUAUAUACUUCGCUGGCAUCUAUCAAACAAGUAGAGAAAAUCCUAUUUAAACGGCAUGCUGCUUACUAGAAGGUGGAAUUUUUGCUCUAGACACUCAUCAUGGUGAGUCUGAGGCAUAGCAUCGUGACAGAAUCAUAUUGUUAUCGCCAUGUGACGAAUUUCUAUUUCUACACUCUCAUGCAGACACUCAACCUUAGAAAUCAGAAUAGAACUAGCCUACCUAUCUUAGAGAAGUGUAACCGACGUCAGUGUGCCGCUAACGGUUUAGCUUCCUCCACCGUCCCUGUCGCCAUCUCUGGCUCGAACCAGUGAUCCUCUGUUUUGCAACACACGUGACCGCCUUCCAUGACAACGUGGGAACACGAGUGAGCUAUACAAAAGGCACCAAUCGGUUAGCUCCAUCGGCAACAUUUCAAGCUACCUGCGGAGCAUUACGGUACAUUCCUAACUCUGUUACAGAAGCAUCACACUCUGCUCACUAGUGGCAUGAUUACUGAAUGCUAACAACCCAUUCAAUGGAAGUCACAGUGAAGAAAGCCAUAUAAAUCAUAUAAGUUUUUAAGACGAGGUAUGAACUACAGCUGUUAGAAACUUCAGCGAUGUAAAAGACAGAUGGUACACAAUCUUUUUGGGAUGUCAAAUAAAUCAUUGUAUUUAAACAUCAUCUGGGAGAAAAAAAAGCAGCGCUGACCAGUUUAACCUCUCCUUUUUGCUGUCUGAAUGGUUAUGUAUAUACAGGUUUAAGUUAUUUUCUAUUUCUUUCUUUGUAUAUAGCGCACAGACAGGUUCUUGUUUAAACUGGUUAGAGGUUAGGAGAACCUCUGAUUUGGAGACAGACGCUGGCAGAGGACAGUCAGAAAAGAGUGAAGAGAGAAACGGGGAGAAUAUUGGCACUUAAUGGGUGUCCUAACUUAGUCUCCCACUGAUAUGAAGUGAAAUUUUGACAAAAUGGAGGUUAGAAUUUCCCCCUGAAUCUAUAGCCUGAUCUGGUCAGAUAUGUUUGCUCUAAUCAACUACUGUUCCGUUUGUUGCCUUGUCAGACAACUAUGAACAUGACAGAUAAGAGUUGGCUAAAGGUCAAACAUAUCAGAGACCAGGUUCCAGAAGAAAACGGACUGAAACAGGGAGGAACUACCUGGAUUUUUACAAUAAGAAACUCUCAUUUUCAUUUUCUGUUGCAAAAAGGUUUUGUACGGUGUGCACUAAUGAAUGGCGAGACCAAGUUAUCUUAGUUCAUCUCAGACUUGGGGAAUAUACUGGAAAUGCUGACGUGACAAGCAGUACCAGUGUAUCUCAGUCCGUGUGCAGCCUGUUAGCAAAGCGUGGUACAAAUGCCUGUUUAACUCCACCACUGAAGUCCCAUUUCUCUUACGUGAUCCGGUGGUGUUGGUACUGAAAAACACAUUAUUAGCCUGACUGAUGCUGUGGAGGUGAACGUGUUCCUAUGUUGAGCGUUGGUUUUAGCAAAUGCAUGGUCACAUGUCUACCACAGCACAACGUUUCUCCCCCAGCCAAAUAUUAUUAGAUCUCUACAUAGUUGUAAUGCCCUCGUAUUAGUUAAGAUGAUACAAUCCAGUGUUUCUGUAAGAGGGAAGCAUUAGGCAUCCCGUAGGUACCGUAUCAUAGAUAUCUGUCCUUGGUUGGCCUUUACUGAAUAAUGAGAGCAUGAUAUGUCCUUAUCUUUUUAUAUACAACAGUGAUCCUUUAUUAUAACUUGAUGUUGUUUUGAAAGAAUCUGAUUGGUUUACAGAAAACGUAUCUCUGAUCUAACCAAUGACAGUCCUUCCUUCACCAAAUGUUCUCAUCAUUUAUGUCUUAUUCUUGUCUGUGACUGACUCCAACCUCGAUUGACGAUGUGCGGGGUAUUGUUGUUGAACUCUGAAUGAUGAUUUGAAUGUUGGGUUUUACUUUGAUGAGGGGCAGGGAGGGAAGAGGUUGACUGUGUACUGUGUUGUGUUGGCUAUUUUAAGUGUCUGGUUUGUGAGUUAGGAGUCCCAAGACUGAUACCAAGAGUCUUGGCCAACAGAAUGUAUAUUAGUAUAUUAGUAUAUGUCCUAAUGAGUUUCACCUCCUGAUUGUUGCUCAGUGCAAUGUAAAGUGGGAAUAGGAUGGAUUUUUAGAUUUUUACUGGGGAAACAGAUGGAACGAAAGCUUAAGUAUGUGACAAAUACAGGCUAGAAGGGCUGAGGAGGAGAACACUGAUGAUGAAUGAUAACGGGGGAAAUAGAAAUAUGAAGUGCUGUUCGGUGAGAAAAGCGAAAGAUUCAGUGAUUGAAAUGGAAAGUGGAACAUUUCGAGGGCGGAAUAUGGAAAAGUGCUUUAAGUAUCAUUGCAGCAAAUAAUGUACAGAAUUGUCAAUCUCUGUCACACUCAACAUGUGCAAGCACCCAUGUUGUCUAGCUAUGUAAAAGUCUGUUGAAACACUGGACUGUAGUCUGUAGAUGCUGUAUUUACACACCAACAAAUGUUUCAAAGAACACACCUAGACAGUGCUCCUACAAAUGUAUACCACAUGUUCAUGUAGAAGUAAGAACACCCUCCUCACCAUCUGUGAAUCAGUGUGUCACUAUGGAAACUAGAAUGUAGCCGUGGGGGGGGGGGUCUCAUUGUUAGUGGCCAACAACAUUGUGUAUGUUUUAUUAAAGGUUCAAUAAAGGAAAAACUCCACUUUUCAAGCUGA